AUGAUACAGAUAUGUCGUGCAGAGGAUGGAGAGAGUUAUCAGGUCAAUGCCACUCUCAGAGAUAUCGAGAGAAUUGGAAGCCUUGAGAUCUUCCUCAGCCAGGAAACCGGCGUCGACCCUGAAGCCAUCCUUGCCUAUCUCACCGACGGGACGCGGCUCCGGACGGACAACGUGCGGGAACUUGUGGGCGCUCAGGACCAGACCAUCUAUGUCUUCAACAAGUACUAUCUCGACAUCGACCUCGACCAUGUCCUCCAGAGCUUACGCGUCGCUCCACCUCUCCAGCUGCCCAUCGAAGAGAAUAUCGCCGCCACUCCACCCUUCCGUCCUGCCACCCUCGCCUCCACCUACCUCGCCACCGCACAAACGCACACCGACGGCACUGCGCACAUCCUCUCCGCCCUGCACCGGCAGCACGCGGCGCUCAGGCUUGCGGCUGCGACGCUGGAGCGGCACGUCCUUGCGCUCGCGGACGUGUUCGACGCGCUCGCGGGACCCGUACGGGAGGAGCUCGCGCGCCAGGCGCGCUUGCUCGCUGGCGUGACAGGGGACUUGGAGCUGGUGAAGCGGGUGAGGGUGCACGCGGAGUUUAUGAGCGUGACGACGCGGAAAGCGAUCGAGGACGGGGGCGAGGUGCGCACGCUGGGGCAUUACGUGAGCGAGCAGAAGAUGCAGCAGGUUGCGGCGGGGUGUAGAAGGACGCAUGAGGAGUUCAAGAAACAGUUCGAGGAUGCCGAGCGGGCAGUAGGCCAGCUGAGCGAGGGGACAGACGAAGUUCGUGCGGCGGCGACUCAUGUCGAUUACGUGAACGAUGCAGAAACCGCCGCUCGGCGCGCGAAGGAGAUCCUCGAGCGGAUGGCGGAAUCCGCGGGUACCCUGGACAAUCCGGCGACGGCGUCCGAGUCCGUUCUCCAAGAGCUCAAACACCUCGACGCUGCGCUCCGGAAGGAGGUGGAGGCGAUUACGGAAGCUAAGAAUGCAUACACCUCCCAGUCCAUCUCCGCACUCCGCCAGAUCUCGUCGCUCAACGUGCACCUCACCGAGCUGCCAAACGCGCUCACGGCGCUACAGAGCAAGUUCCGGGGCAAGAACAGCUUUUCGCACAUCCAGCGGCUGCACGGGAUGGUGUAUGCGUACGGUGCGACGGUCGUGGAGGUUGUUAGGAGGAAAGAGUUUGAGAACUUCUUUUAUCAGAGGGCGCAGAGUAUAAUGGAGGUCAUGGCGAAGCUCACCUCAAACGAACGCAAGCGCCGGCAGAUCUACCGCGGCGAAGUGCACGGCCAGCUGCCGUUCGACCUCAGAGGGAUGGACGGCACCGUGCCCGGGGUGGAGAUCUCGACGCCCGCACGGCAGGACGCGCCGUACAACCUCGAGCGCGAGGAUGUGGAGGCGCUACUGCAGAUGCUCCAGGACCUAGAAGACUUUGCAUACCAGAGCGGGGAUGAGGGCGCGUUCACGAGUGUGCGGGAUACCAAGGACGCGUUGGAGAAGCUGGUGCACAAGAUGGACAAUCUUGGAGGGAACUUCGAUCGGAUUGCGGAGCGGUCGUUGCUUUCGGCUUCAAGGUUGGGUUCUUCGCGAAGACGGUUGACAGAAGAGGAUGAGCAGGUGUUCCAAGAAUUAGCUAUACAGCUACAAGAUGCACAAGAUGCCCUGGUUCGGCAAGAGGCAUGCAUGCAGGAGGAGCGGGACGCACACAAGGCCGACAUCCGCCAUCUGCACAACCAGCUGGAUGAUGCAGAAAACGCAGUCGAGCGAGAGCGAGAGCGCGCCGACAUAUUGGAACGCGAACUCCACCAGGCGCGCGCGCAGAUCGAGUCCGAGACGUCGGCACGGCGCGUGCUGGAGCGACGACAUGAGGAGCAGCUCACGGACGUCGAUACGCAGCGCAAGGGCCUGCAGGAGGCAUUGGCGGACGCGACGGAACAGGCACGCGUCGCCGAGCUGCUCAGGCAGGAGCUCGCGUCGGUUCGCGUGCAGGAUGAAGAGGUCAAGGUCCUGGAAGCACGUAACGCGGCGCGUGUCGAGCAGCUGCUGGAGGAGCAGGCCGCGCACCUGGCCCUGCUCGAGGAGACACGCGCCAAGGGCGAGUCGCUCGAGGCGCAGAUCCAGGCCGCGCGGGACGAGAGCGCGGAGGUGAAGCGUGUUUUGCGCGAGACGGAUGCGGACCGGGAUCGCCUCUUGCGUGCGCAGGCCAGCGAGCACGAUAGAAUCAUGCGCGACCACCGUGCGGAGGCGGACGGUGACCGCGCGGUACUGGAGCACCAGUUCUCGGAGCUGCGGGCCCAAUUUGCAGACGCACAGGCGGCAGCGAAGGAGGCACGGGCCCAGGCGGAGAUCGGGGGCGCGGACGCGAUCGGGCUCAGAGAGGAGCUGCAGCGCGUGGAGCACGAGCUGAGGGAGGCGCGGCACGUCGAACGCAUUCUACGCGAGGACAUUCGCGCGGGGAGGGCGUCGCAGUCCGCGUUCGAGCAAAGCGUCGAGGAGAGCAGCCGCCAGGUCGCGCAGUUCCUCGAGGUCGCGAUUGCAUUCCGCAACUCGCACGUUAAGGCACAGACGAUCGCGCAGGCCGCGCAGCAGCACCCCGGGGCGGCGUCCAAGCUGCAGUCGCAGAGCAUGCUCGAGUCCACCACGCUGCCGUCUUCGUUCCCGCGCCAGACGAAUGGGAUCAUGGGCAGUGUUACGGUCGAGGAACCAGAGCCGAUCGACCCGUCGGACCCUCCCGCCGCUUUGGAGACGUUGCGUGCCUUUGACCACGACCACUUCCUCGAGGUGAUCACGAAGACGGGCUCGAUCAUCCGCAAGUGGCAGAAACAAUGCAAGGAGUACCGCGAGCGCGCAAAGGGAAAGAUUUCUUUCCGCAACUUUGGCAAGGGCGACCUCGCCCUGUUCCUGCCUACGCGCAAUUCGGUGUCGAAACCUUGGGCGGCGUUCAAUGUGUCGUUCCCCCACUAUUUCCUCCAGGCAACCGGGCAUCUCGCUGAGCAGCUGAAGACGCGCGAAUGGAUCGUCGCCCGGAUUACGUCCAUAACGGAGCGUGUCGUCGACCACAAGGACCCAAGUAGUAAUCCUUAUGGGCUGGGUGAUGGCGUCAAAUACUACAUGCUUGAGGUGGAGGAUUGGACGCAGUCCAGUCAGUUGAACAAGCGUCGGGUUACGUCUCGGAAAACAUCUGGGUUGUCGGAUUUGGGCUUUGAGCCAAAGCCAAUCUCUUCUUCACCUCCUACUGCCGGUUCUCGUGACAACACUCCUAUACCGCCAGCGCCGCCGCAGUCUGAGGUUGAGAACGCAUUCAGCGUAACGGUCCCACCGACUUCCCACCUGUUCCCCGUCCGUGCCCGAUCAAAUUCAAACUCAAGUGCGGGCCCUUCGUCACUAUCACGCCUGCUUGCACAGGCACCCGCAGAUAGUCCGAGCUCGGAUGAAACACCAACACCACCUCCAGAAGCUGCUCCAACACCCUCUCCUCCCUCUACUUCCACCGUCCGUCCACCUCCGCCCUCGCCAACUGUUCCCAUCGUGCACCAGAACCCACCGAGUGUCCCAUCCCCCUUGCGGCCCGGCUCGCGCGCAUCUCGUGCCUCUGUAUCGUCCAAAUUCUCAGGUGGGCGCCUCCCACCAAUCGGCACAGCGUCCGCCGCAGGAGCCGCGAAGGCUGCGCCAACAACCGCCCUGACGGAGUAUACUUUACCCUCCUCCCCGCCUCAGACUGCUUCCCCGCGCUCCCCGCGCUCAGCCGCUGUGUCUGUUUCAAUCCAGAGCAGCAGCGGAUCAGCAAAUGCAAAUGGAAUGGGCGCGGGGACCGGUACCGGUACCGACACAGGAAAGACCUCUGGCUCCGGUUCAGGCGCCAGCACCGGCGAUGGCGAUUCCAAGACGCGCGGGCCGCCGUCCCCACGAGACUCGAUUUCGGAGGCGAUGUCGAACGUCCUGAUGAGCGACGCGCCGGGCGUGCGCAGGCGGACGAGCUCUUACCAUGUCCCGCGGGCGACGUCUCCGCUCGCAGGGUUGAGCUCCAGCCCGCAGAAGCCGUCCACGGCGGCCAGCACGCUCGCGUCAUUCGCCAACAGCUGGGGCAUGUCGUUCGGGCGCAGGAAGCGAAACACAGCUGAUAUGUCGGCGUCGCUGACGGGGCAGCACGGUCGAGACAGCUCGGCACACUCGAGUCGGAGUCCGAUGAAGGGCAGUAAUGGUGCUGACGCUGGUACCGAGCGCGAGCCCAUGGCCGCUGACCUCUUGCGACGAGUGUAACCAGGGUCUGAUGAGUUUUGAUAUUGUGAUCUUUUUUUCUUACUGCUAGGUAAUCAACAGAUCGAAUAGAUGUCCCCAUCUCUCGUUGUGUUCCACCACAGUUCCAUCUACUCCUCGCUCAAUAUUUUGAGUUUAUCAUUCCUUGUUGUCGUUGCUUUGCUAUUAAA